AGUAAAAGAUGAAUUUAAAUAAAAAUUAACAGCAAUUAGCAAGGUAACACUUGUUUUUAUAGACUAGUUGGAUGAGCUCGAAAGCUUGGGCUUGUUCAAAGUCAAUUUACAUAACAACUGGCCAACUCAGUGUCUACAAGUGGUUUUCAAUGUUGCCAAAUGAAACAAAAACUAAAGAUUUGCAUUAAAACUUUCAUUUGCUACAUAAAUUGCGAAUUGAAAACUUGCCUAAUUGGGUUCAUCUUUUAACUAAACAAAAUGAUUGUUUCAAGUCUUUAUCUUGUCACCUUUUUAACUCUCAUAAACUAUGCUACCUGUGAUCAGCUUGAAUCACCCGAUAAUCGGAUUCAUCUUAUAACAGAAAACAUUGAUUGGGCCUUUUUCCAAGAUUUGGACAUAAUUCACCAAGCCAUCAGACUGCGUCAUGGAGUACCUCAAAUUUAUGCAAAUGAAACUCUGGUUAAUGCAGCUCGCCAGCGAGCUAUUGUCCGAGCUUGGUAUGAAAAUGAUCCUCAGUCCGAGGAACAUGAUUAUGAUGUAAGUGAAAAUGUUUAUUAUCAAAGCGAUCCUGAUGAGGCAGUUUCAGCAACCAAGAUAAUGGCUAAUUGGUAUACUUCAGAGGAACGAUUAUACAAUUAUGAUAACCCAAUGGUUACCGAUCAAGUAAAACACUUUCUCCCCAUUGUAUCAGAAUCUACUUUAACAUAUGGAUGUGGCCAGGUACGGUCAACUGGCCUCACUGGUGCUGGUAUUUACACUGUUUGCCUUUAUUCGCCUGCCUAUCAACCAGGCAAUGAAACGGUCAACAUUAACAAACCUCUUUUUAGCUUUAAAAAUGACCAAUUUGACUUUUCAAUGGUCGAUGAUUUAGAGGUUGGUUUGAUUGAACGACUGAAAGGCUCAAGGAAGCUGUAAACUGGAUACAAUUUUCAAAACGUGAAAGAUUUUCGGCAAAAUUUUGUUUUCCUUUCUCUCAUAGUUUUACAAAUUGUAUAACCACAAAAUUCAUGACCAAUAAAUAAAUUACGAUGUCAA